GGGGUCUCUAAUAUCCGUAUUCAUAGUCGUUCCUCAAUUCUCAAGGUUAGUCUGUCUUUGUCUCGCUACUACGUUUUACCAUACGCGAGACAAAGACAAACUACCCUUGAGAAUUGAGGAACGACUAUGAAUACGGAUAUAAGUCUGGCCAGCGGACCAGUUUCGGCCAGACUCGGAUUAGAGGGAUUCUAGUCGCGUGUGCUCGAUUAAUCGCGCGCAUUUUUCGCGAGUGAGUGUCGUGAAAGGACAGCGGCGAGGCGGGAGGAGCAAUGGAGGAGCAGGAGGCGCGGGAGGAGGAGAAACAUCAUGAAUUGGAGAUUUUGUCCUUUCCUUACGCCGUCAAGUACCGGAUUAUGUCCAGAUGCUGAUUCAACGAAGAUGCCACUCUCGAAGCUCCUGGUACUCGAAGAAUUUCGUUCCUGGCUUUUGAAUCACCCGCGCGCCUUUUCUCGCAUACCGUUGGCCGAAGAAGCCCCUGUGCAGAAGGUGGGUAUAUUAAAUUCCACGAUAUACUUGUCAAGGCGUGGUGCUGCUUCGGGGGGCCACCGUGCUGAAAACCCUUCGGCGACACACCAUCGCCACACAUCACGAGACACCGACUCGCCCUUCGCCUGUUUGCGUAACCUUCUCUCUUUCUCAUUCUCGACUUCGCAGGGUGCAAAAUCAACUACGAGGCCACGCAGCGCCUAAUAACGGCGCAUUAGCUUCGUCAUCCAUGAUCUCAAAGCGAUCUGUUUUAAAAGGCCCGCCAGGGACGUCGUUCUCGCGUCGAGUCUCACAACAUUUCGCGAACGUUUUAAUUAAUUAUUAUAUGGUUUCGCUGUGCGAUAUAAAGAAAGAUGACGAAUUGUGAGUCAAACUAAGAAGUGCAAACGUACGCACACGCAUAUUUCGAAUCUUGAUAAAAUUUGAUAAAGAUCUUGCUUAGCUGACGUAGCCCCACCUACGAUUAGAUGCGCGAACGCGACUUAUUAAUUAUAUGAAUCACAUAUAUCAAAAUAACUUUAAAUUAGCAUUAUGUGCUUUUUAAGGAAAUAAUUGCGAGAUCUAGUGAUAAGUUAUCGUCGCCAAAUUAUUAUAUCUAUCUCACGCAUGCAUUAUUUGUUUUGUAUCCAUGGCCUAUUCUUUUUAGCUAAACCCUCUGGCUUAUCCUAGUAGCACAGUGCAUUGGUUAAACAUUGGUCCAACACAAUCAAAUAUUGAACCAAUGUUUAACCAAUGUUUGGUCAUGCACUGUGCUACUAGGGUAUCUUAUCACUUUUCCUUCCUAAUAUGGAAAGAAAAAUAGAAAAGAUGAAUCGUGUAAGAAGUUUAGCUAAAAAGAAAAUAGACCCAUAGUCUUAAUGUUCGAUCUUUAUACUGUUUAGAUAAUACAUAUGUGAGAUAAUAUUUGUGUUUAUAUUGGAGUAAUGCGUCGUGCGAUCCGCAGAGAAUUUGAACGACAGGCAUGAAACGGAAACUGCAGCAGUAUAUGCGAAACUACGAUGACAAGGAUGAAAAUUGAUUUGUCGUAGGGUCGGCGUUGUAUACAAUCCAAUGAUUUCAAUCUGGAUCCUAUGGGAGAUCGUAAACAUGUGAACCAAGCAUGCGAUCCCUCGUGACUCGAAUUUCAUGGACCAGCGUCAAAACGUAGUUUUAUGUGUUAAAGGCCGUUCGGUCUCGCAAGAGGCCGGAAAAGGACGACAAAUCGUUCCGUUUAUUUUUGUGAAUCGAUUCCACGGAGAAUUACUACAAAUUGCGACGAUUGUUAGACGCUAUGGGAGUUCAUUGUUGAAUAUGUUUUAGCGGCGGUAUAGUGCAUCCUGUCUCCCGUAGCGUCCAACGAGCGAUGGACCGAUUUUUGUCAACCUUCGCUGACAGUAUGGCUACCGUUCGGUCUCUACCGCGAUAAAGAAUGCAUAGAGGUGCACCCCGUUCGGCGCAGAAUCCCGCAACAGGUUGCGGAGCAUCGACGCCGCGCGCUAUCCUAGAUGAUUUAUGAAUCCACCGGGGGAUGCAAAUUUUCUUCUUUUACACCUACUUUUCUCCGCGCAUCGCGACAGAUAGUGUUAGAAUAGCAACUGAGGGGGGAUUUGCGACCACGGAGUAAAUUAUUAUGCGAACGUGCGAGAUUGUCGAGCUUUGGUAGAAGCUGAAGAAUUUUUACUCCAGAAGUUGGUAGAAAAUUGAAAAAUUGUGAAAUCUAUCAACUGUUAGGUUUAUAUUGCUAAUCAUGUACUGAUAUUAUCGCGACGUUUUCACAUUACAUCUACAUUUAUCUCUGGAGACAAAUUUCUUCCGUUCAAGUAAAAUUAAGUUAAUAUUGGGUCAUUCCAUAAUGCGGGUUUUUUGAGAUAUUUAUUAGAAUUUAUUAGAGUUUCGGUUUUGAGUUAAUAAUAUAAAAAAUAAAUACAAAUUAAUCGCGUUUCCUUUUACAUGCAUUGUUGGAUGACCUAAUAGAAUAGAUGAACCAUAGUAAUUUAAAUAGAUAUACGAAAGUUUCAUACGAAUUUCAACAUCAAAUCUUAAAUUAUGCUUCAUUCUUCAAGUUCCAAGAUGCGUUUGAAUUCGAAUGCUUGAAUCUAUUAAAUCUGGUUCGAAGUUUAAAAUGGAACAAAUAAAGUUUUAUUUUCUAUUUGCAAAGUGGAUUUUUGCUCGAGCCUUCGUUUAAUUCAAUUGAAUCGAUCGAAAGAAGAUCGACAAUUAGAUUCAUUUAAACUGUCCGAACUUGAUGAAGCUCAAAUAUUUCUGCUUUGAAUUAUUCGAACAACUCGAUCGCGAUUCUUUAAAUCUUUCAUCUAAACUUUCAAAUAUCUUUAAUUCUCAUCUUGAACCUUAAAUGUAUUCAAUUGUUGAACAUCAGAUUUGCCUUUGUCGAAAAUGCUUCUUUGUAAUGAAGCAAUAAAAUAAAAUUGUAUUGUCAACUGAUAUUAUGGUGUAAGAAAACGUGUAUACUUUUUUAAACAGAUAUGGCAUUAUUGAUGUGAACGCAUAAAUUGUUAUUAAUAAAUAUGUGGCAAAUAUAUUUA